UAUUUGGUUCGAUUUGCACAAUGCAUCUUGAGGUUCCUCGUAACUUAUGCUACAAUAAUAGUUAAUUAAGUACUGUUGACAUGGGCACAGCAGCAGCGACAGCAGCAGCAGCAAUCAUUUAUGCAAGCAAACUUCUUCAAGGACCCAUCCAGCUUCCUUUUGUAUUGUAAACAAACCAAACAACACGUGCGAAUGCCGUCAAUGCGCAUGCGCUGUUAUUAACAGCGACUUAACAGCGCGCUGUUAACGCGUCCUUAAAAGCCUUGAGCUGUAUGGCAACCGGCUCAGUUCAACGGCAGCAAGCGAAUUGCAAGGAUCGAAAUCUCGAAAACGGAUUAGUUAAACAACGUCUUCGCGUAGCAACAAGUGAGCUCUCAACGUCGUGGAGCUAACUAUCGUGUAUACACAUGGCGAACCGACUGAUGAUACUCUGGUACUUAGUUGUGCUGUUCGUUGCCAUGGCUAAUGCGCGUAAUGAAACCCAUCAGAAUCCACCGCCACCGUUGGCGCACGUCGAACAGUGCGGGAACACUGAGAAGAUGGUCGAUGAAUGCUUUAAGGAUUUGCCAUCUCAUCUAACAGAGUUUUUACAAAAUACAAAAAUUGUCAUAAGCAAACAGGAGAUCAUGGCUAAGUGCAUUGUUUUCAAUAAGGGCAUGAAAUGCUUUGAUGCCUAUGCAGCGCGUUGCCUGCAGAGUCGAAAGCUAAACUUGUUUAAAAACAACGUCGAUGGUGCUCGUAAAUUUUUAAAGAAAUUCUGUUCCGAUGAGAAUUUUCAAAGAGAUUAUUUGCGGCACAAGGAUUGUUUCGCCUACAUUCAACCAGAUUGGGUUAGCUGCACCGCUGACUUUGAGAACAUACUCACGGAUGAUUUGCACGACGAUACCCGCAAUGUUAGCGAUAAAUUCAUGGAGUUUUGUUGUGCACGUUACGCGUACGAGAAUUGCAUCUACAAUAGUGCGCGUUAUAAGUGCUACAAGCAUUCGGCCGAAUUUGCACGCGAAACCGCCAAAAUGCUGUCGGAUGAGAAGCACUUCAGCAAUUGCCGCCACCUGGAGGACAUCUGUGCGCAUUCGACACGCAUCGCCUGGAUAUCGAGCAGUUUUUAUCCCAUGGCUCUAGUACUGAUGUUGCGUUUUCUGCGGCACCUCGCCGGACCGUAGAUUCUCCGCUCUGUGGUUGUGUGCGUGUGUGUCUCUCUGUGUGUGUGUGUGUUUAAGUGUGGUGGUGUAGGUUGUCCAAUUGAAAAUGCAUAGCAUUGAGCGAUUCGCUUGCAAAACAAAAAAACAUAAAACAUGGGCAUGUGAUUCUCUUGGGGUGGGUAAACUGGGUCGGACAGCGGCACUUGUUAGUCUUAACAAAAAAAUCUCCAAUACUAUAUAUAAACACUUAAGUUGAUGUAUGUGAAUGUGUAUAUGUGUACAAUAUUAUUUGUGUGAAACAUUUGUGUAUUUCAAAUAAAUUUCACUUCAGUUAUGCGACACGUCUUUAUCUCCCAUCCGACGACUACUUAAAGAAAAGUUCAAUAACUAUCUGAUGCGCGACCAUCUGUUGUAUACGUAAUAUGCUAAAUUGAUUGAAUGGGCCUUUGUGUCUUCUGUCUACACCGAUAAGGUAAAUCCGUCACGCAAUGAACUCACCCAGCACGUGCUCUGAAACUUUGUUUGCCAGACUAUUUUUCCAGAUAUUUAUCUUUUAAAUGGAUGGUGGCAGAUAUGUUUGCCUUUGCGUUCUUUUGACAGUCCAUUUGGCAAGUCAGUGGAGAAAGUUUUGAGUAGGCAAACAACCUGUGUAACUAUGGCGGCGAC